GUCGUUAGCCUGCUAGCCAGACUGGCAGAUGUCUGGCUAAAUGGUGUAUUUUGUGUCUUGGCGUUUGUUAACAAGAUAGCUCUAACUAACCAUUGUCAUGGCUGUCAAUAUAAAACACAGCUUGGAAUAUUAUUUUAAACACCAGCAGGCGUAAAUGAGAUGGUUGCUUGUUAGCUACCCUGGUAUCUUAUGGCUAGUGGGAUUACUAUGACGCCCUUAAGAUAGUAACGUUAGUUAGUGAACAAUCAGCAAAAAGUUAUUUUUCUUCUUCCAAGUUGCCCCGCGGAUUGUUAACUUCUAAACUGAUAUGUAUCUCGCUGGAAACUGUUCCAAAAACAUGUGUACUUGCAUGAUUUAGCCAUGUGUGGUGACAUGUUCAACUGAAUCAUUUUUGCCUGUUUCCAACAAGGGCACCUAUCCUACUACGUUAGUUGAUAGACCUGUCAGUUGUGCCUUUCAGAAUUGUUUGGAGAUAUGGUCUUGGCAUGGUUUUUAGUUAUCGAGUCACUUAGUUGAGCCUGUAGCCUCGAGACAUUUGUUUAUCGUCUGAUCCACUCUACUGCACUUGUGUGGUGCAAACUGUGGCUUUACUAUGGGGAUCAGAUAUCCGUUCAUAAGUUCUGCUGCACUUCAAAGCGAGCCUAGCUUUGAUCCACUCGCCUGGGUUACCAAGACAUUCAACCAAAGAACAGUGUGGAAUGAUGUAAUUAUUUGGAACUUCAGCCUUUGCCGUUAAGAGGAUCUGAACAUGGAGGGGGAAACGGAGGUUGUGGAGGAGAUAGCCUCUCGCCUACAGCAGGAUGGUGUAUCUUCUGACGCCUCCCCCGAACAGAGGCUGUGCCACUUGUGGCAGGUGCUAGUGAGGAGUGAGGGGGAGCUGAAGACCCUACGCACACAGCAGGCCACUGAGAUGAAGGAGGUGGAGAAUUAUGUCGAGCACAUCCGCAACUUGCUGGAGGAGCGUGAGUCCCUUACAGCGGAGUAUGAACGUGAGAACGACCAGCUCCGCGCUGAGCUUGCCCAGAUGAAGCACCAGCUAGACUCCCAGCGCAAAGAGGUGGUGGAGAUGCUGGAGCAGGAGGGCCUGGCGGAGAUCAGCCAGAGCAGCUCCAGCGAGCAGGUGGCCUACAUGCUGGUGGAGAGAGCCACGCUCCUGGAGCGCCUGGAGGCUGCCGAGAGGAAGCUGGACACCCAGACCCUCACGGACAACCUCAGGGAGGUCCAUCUACAGGAGGAGCUAGAUCGCAUCCGACACUCCAUGGGGGAGGACAUGAGGCAGCAGCAGCAAGAUAGCGUCCAGUGUGCUAAAGAGGGCAUGGAUAAGGAACAACAGUCACAAGGUCACAGCCCCUGGAGGAAGCUGUUUGGAGUGCGCAAGGCGACACAGAGGGCACACAUUCGUGCCAGUGUCCAGAGUGAGGAGUUGCUGAAGCAGAGGGAAGAGCAGCAGAGACUGGAGAGGGAUCUGGAGGAAGCUUCCAGACGCCUCACCAUGGCACACAAGGAGAUCCGCCAUCUCACCGACGACCUGGACUCUUUACGGAAAAACGAGGGCUACUGCGAUACGGCGGAGCUGCACAGGACCAAAGAGCAAAAUGAAAGGCUGAAUGAGGAGAUCCGAGCACUCAGGACGCGUGUCCGCUGCCUGGACAGUGAACGGAAAGGCCUUCUGGAGAUGAUUGAAGCGUCAAAGGCAACUUCAACAAGUCAUGAACCCAAAGUCUCAGCAGGUCACUCUCCCCUGCAUCUUGGACAGGGCCGUGAUGCAAAUCGAUUGAAUGGUUCCAUGGCAGAAGCUGAAGACCAGGAAGUUCAUAAAAGGUGUCGGCGGGAGUCGGAGGACCAGGAGUGCCGUCUGCGGGAGGCGCAGCGGCGGCUGCAGAAGCUGCAGGGGGAGCACGAGGAGCUGGUGGAGAGGAACGAGGAGCUGGAGGCCCUCCUCGGGGAGGAGCAGAACGCCAGCAAGGAGGAGCGCGAGCGGCACGAGGGCGAGGUGGAGGGCCUCAGGAGGAAGAUCAAAAGCAUGGAGGCAGAACUGAAGAAGAAGCCAACGAUAACAGCCCUGGCCCCUGCAAAUGAUAGAAGUGUGAACACACAGCAGCAGAUCGAUGCCUUUGGGGACAGGGUGGCCUUCCUGGAGAGCCGGCUGGAGGAGGAGAAGUCAUGGAGAAAGCAGCUUGAGGCAGACCUGACUAUGGCCCAGACGGCCCUCAGGAAAGACAAAGAGAUCCUUAAUAGGGAUCAGGAAGAGUUGAAGGCCUUGAGGCCAGAGGUGCAGUCACUACGAGCCGAGUGUCAGCAAGCCAAAGCACUCAGCAACACACUGGUGCAAGUAAAAGGGGAGAAGGGAGUCCUCGAGGAGAAGGUGGCACAGUUGGAACGUGCUCAGGCUCGACUUAAGAGCGACUUGGCUUUCCAGGCAGAGAACAGCCCGGCCCAGAAGGACCUGAGAGAGAGCUGGGGUCAGGUGUCUGAGCUCACGGCUCAGGUGGAGCGGGUGAAGGCAGAGCUGUCCACUCUGGACAAGGAGCACAGAGCACUCAAAAGUGAGAUGGCUGAGAGGAACCGGCAGGUGCUGGAGCUCCAGAGGCAGCUGAGUGAGGAGACGCAGCUGCGCUUACAGGCCGAGGGGGAGAGGCAGCGGCUGGGCCUGGAGCUGCAGCACGUCAGGGACCAGCAGCAGCACCACCAGCAGCACCAGCAGCACCAACAGCACCAGCAGCAGCUGGUUUGGCUGGAGGGGAGGAGGCCGAAGCCAGAGGGGGAACCCAGACCAAUGGCCACCUCUGGGGCCCGUCUACAGGAGGAGGGGGACAGUCAGCUGGCGUCUCUGAAACUGGAGAUGCGUCGGCUGCACUCUGCGCUGGACGAGGAGAGAGAGCUGGCCAGCCAACACCAGCUGGCUCUGCAGGCUCAGAUCAGUGAGGCACAUGCCCGAUCAAAGUCCCAAGAUUCGGUUCUACAGCAGAAAACGGAGGAGAACAAGCAGCUGAAGCAGGACCUGGCCCGCACCCAGAACCUCUUCACCUCAGCUGAGCGUGAGCUGCGCUACGAGAGGGAGAAGAACCUGGACCUCAAGAAGCACAACGCUCUGCUGGAACAGGAGAAGCUCAAGGUGUGUGCGGAGCUGAGGCAGGCCCAGGCCAAGCGCAGCCAUCUGGAGCAGAGCGAGCAGGAGCAGGUGGCCCAGCUGGAGCGGCUGCAGCAGAAGAGCCGCGAGCUGGAGCUCCAGCUGGCACGCAGCGCCCAGAGCCGCCAUUCCACCAGCAGCCUGCAGGAGGAGCUGUGCGCUGAGAGGAGCCGCCUCAUCACCGCUGACAAGAAGGUUCUGGAGCUGCAGCAGCACCUGAAGAGCACCCUUCACCAGCUCCGCCUGGAGGAGGCCCGAGCCGGAGAGACGUCCAAGCUGGAGAGGGAGAGCAGGGACCUGGCCGACAGCCUGUCCGCCAUCAGGGCCAAGCUCCAGGAGGAGCAGCUGCAGAGGAAGUUGCUGGAGCAGAGGGAAGAAGAGCUCCAGCAACAGAUCCGCGCCCUGAGAGCCAAAGAGGCGUCUCUGAGUCGCUCUAACUCCGAGCUGACUCACCGGCUGCAGCAGCUGGACACCCGCCUCCUGGUCCUGGAGAGUGAGCAGACCGCUGCCAGAGGGGAACGGCGCGUGGCUGAGCAGGCGUGCCGCGAUCUGAAGGAGCAGCUGGCGUCCAGUCAGCAGGAGUCCGAGAGGCUGCAGGAGGAGCUGCAGCAGGCCAUGCUCCAGCUCGACUCACACAUCCGGAAGUACAACGAGAAGCAGUGCCAAUACAAAUCCAAGCUGCGCAAAGCCAAGCAGGUGUACACGAGGGCAACCACACAUCGGGACGGAGUCAUUCACAAGCUUGAGAAUGACCUCAUCAUCGCCAACAGUCUAUCUGAGAGAGAACAGGGCCGUGUGAGGAAGGUGAUGGAGGAGAACGAGAAGCUGCUGCUGGAGAGGAGGGAGCUGCUGCAGCGGGUCACCGAGGCCGAGGAGAUGGGCACCGACGGCCUCCGCACCGCCACCAGCGUCCAGCAGAGGGUGAACAUUCUGGAGGUGGAGAACCGGCAGCUGCAGGAGAAGACGUUACGACUGGCCCAUCAGGUGGGGGUGCUCGAGCGUGGCCUGAGGAACAUCCACUCCACCUGCAGUACGGAGGAUUUGAAGAAAAUGCUUCCUUCGGACUAUGAUGGAUUUCUCCAGAAUUCUGGCUCAAGUGCAAAAUUGGUUGUGGGUGACCCUCUGAGCAUCCUGGACUCCAUCCGCAGAGUGAAGAUGGGGGAGCACCUGGAGAGUCUCAAGUCCUCCUUCUCCGUGGCCCUCUCCCAGCCCUCUGAGCUCAGCUACCUGAACGUGACGUCCCCUGAAGGGGCCCAUGCUACCAGGGACCAGGAGGACAGUAUCAGUGUGGCCAGUGACGAAGCCUGAAACGCUUCUAGCGCUUUUGGAGACGCUGACCAGUCCAUCCACAGUACAUGUGGCUCGUGACAAAGGAUGUGCCAUAGUGCGUCAUCUAAUGCUGAUGAGAAUUUGUCAUCCCACAAUGAUAUCAAUGUAGUGGACUGCAUGUUCCCAUAUGCGCCAACAUGGGCAGCUUGCAUUCUAGAACAAGAAUGACAGAAGGCGGAGUGCAAACAGUCGGCGUGAAAAAAACAGCCGGUCGUUGACAAAGCUUCUUUGGAUCAAUGUUUGUCAUUACAAAGCCCUAUGUUGAUCUGACUUGUGGCCAAGAAGAUCGUGGUGAAUGAAUGGGAACUUUUUUCAUUUUAUCAUUUACAUAUUGCAAAAACGUGAAAUAUUGUGAUAUAUUUAUAAGUUGUUGCUUCUGAAAGAUGCCACACUGUUUGUCACCUUUUAAAAGGUAGGCUAGUUCAGCUUUGAUAUACAUGGGAAUAAUGUGCAUCAGCAUGAAUCCAAGUGGUUUUGGGAGAUUACUGGGUGUGAUUCACAUACGGGAGUUAUGUAUGUGUUUAUGGAUGGCUCAGAGAUGUGUCUGUCCUAUCCUUGCAAGGCGGUAUCAGUACACUACAUGCCAGACACCUUAUGGAACAAAGGGUGGUUUUUUUAGAUAAUCAAAAUAGACUGGAUAAGGCCUCCUCUACCUUGGUGCUUGGAGCUGUGGUUAUCCUACUUGCAUCGCACAGCAUUUCCAGUCAUGCGUCAUGGUUUCUGGUGGCUUGCUUCCUUCCUGCUCUGAGCUUUUCUCUGUCGCUAAGGCCAAGCUUUUGUGUUUGAUUCCAGCAGUUUACACCCACUGCCUGGGCCUUUGAAUCAUAUGCUAGUAAUAAACUCAAAGAAUGCCUUAUUUAGGAAAGGGAACGUUUGCUACCAGGGGAAGACUUUCCUACAAAACCAAGAACAAAACCAUUUCACUGUGGUAUUACUCUAUUUUGGUUGCUUUUGAGACAAUCUGAAAGAGGAGAGAGAGAGAAAAAAAAGCACUUUUUUUUUAGCUAGAGAUUAUAUUUGUAUGUUAAGGAAUUUGGGUGGAAUGUGUUAAUGUUGUACAUAUGGCAGUGCAAACGAUUCAGCUGUAUCUACCUUCUGUAUUGCCUAAGACACUCAUGCAGUUAAAUGCCAUUUACAAACACUAUAGGGCCUAUGAAUGAAGUGCAUGGAGGUAGUACAUGUCCCUCCUGCUAAGUUCUAAGGAAGUUAACAGGACAUGAGAAGUAUAUUAGCUAAUCAUGUUAAGGGAGCGGUAGCCAGAAUACAGCCACGUGCUCUAACCACAGUGCAGGGCUUUCACAAGGCAAACAGGAAGGCUUACCUUCACUGACCAUGCUUGUGUUGAAAUAACUGAAAAUCUUCACUGCAGUUUUGUAGGGAGAUGUUUUCCAUCUCUCUGGCGCAUUCUUUUCUUUAAUGGUUAUAACCACUAUGUUACUCGUGCGUGUUUACCAUGAUCAUUUUCAUGCCAAUAUAUUCAAACGUAUUGAGUGACUUUCAUAAGUUCGAUAGACUUUGUAUGGUGUUUUUUCACAGAAUACUGAAAGUAAGAAAACAAGUUGCAUCAUUGGGAGAUAUACUGAUGUUUUGUUACAUUUGAGUUAGACAAUAUGAGUUAGUCACAUUUGAGAUUGUAAUAUCGUGUGUGUGUGUGUGUGUGUGUGUGUGUGUGUGUGUGUGUGUGUGUGUGUGUGUGUGUGUGUGUGUGUGUGUGUGUGUGUGUGUGUG